CCUUGGGCCUUGGCAGGAGAGAACACCGUGCGCACAAUCGCCAUGGACGGGACAGAAGGCCUGGUGAGAGGGCAGAAGGUGCUGGACUCUGGCGCACCCAUCCGCAUCCCCGUCGGCCCCGAGACCCUGGGCAGGAUCAUGAACGUCAUCGGGGAGCCCAUUGACGAGAGGGGUCCCAUCACGACAAAACAGUUUGCUGCUAUCCAUGCCGAAGCCCCCGAGUUCGUGGAGAUGAGCGUUGAGCAGGAGAUCCUGGUGACGGGGAUCAAGGUGGUGGACCUGCUGGCUCCCUAUGCCAAGGGUGGCAAGAUCGGUUUGUUUGGAGGUGCUGGCGUUGGCAAGACGGUGCUGAUCAUGGAGCUGAUCAACAACGUGGCGAAAGCCCACGGUGGUUACUCGGUGUUCGCUGGUGUGGGGGAGCGAACCCGCGAGGGCAAUGACUUGUACCAUGAGAUGAUCGAGUCUGGAGUCAUCAACCUGAAAGACGCCACUUCCAAGGUCGCCCUGGUCUACGGGCAGAUGAACGAGCCCCCGGGCGCUCGCGCCAGAGUGGCUCUGACAGGGUUGACGGUGGCCGAGUACUUCAGGGGCCAGGGGGGCCAGGACGGGCUCCCGCCUCCCCAGGCCAUCUACGUGCCGGCCGACGACUUGACUGACCCCGCUCCCGCCACCACCUUCGCCCACUUGGACGCCACCACGGUGUUGUCCCGCGCCAUCGCCGAGCUGGGCAUCUACCCGGCCGUGGACCCGCUGGACUCCACCUCCCGCAUCAUGGACCCCAACAUCGUGGGCCCCGAGCACUACGACGUGGCCCGGGGCGUGCAGAAGAUCCUGCAGGACUACAAGUCCCUGCAGGACAUCAUCGCCAUCCUGGGCAUGGACGAGCUUUCGGAAGAGGACAAGCUGACGGUGGCCCGGGCUCGCAAGAUCCAGCGCUUCUUGUCACAGCCCUUCCAGGUGGCCGAGGUCUUCACCGGCCACAUGGGCAAGCUGGUGCCGCUGAAGGAGACCAUCAAGGGCUUCAAGCAGAUCCUGGCAGCUGAG